UAUUCAGUAAGUGUGGAGAGACCAUGUCCAAUGGAAACAGUCACUUUCACCUGCACUGUUCCUGGAGAUUCCUUGAGAUGGGAACCGUCAAAUUCUCGCACGAUCGCUGUCCGCUCCACCUCUGGUCUCAAUGUAGCCAAUGUUGUAUCAGGUUACACCGUGACACUGAUUGCAUUCAAUGACACUACUUUAACGUCCACUCUGUCAAGAAUAGCAGAGAAUGGGAUCACUGUGUCCUGUGUUGGGGUUGUGCCUACUCUAAUCACUAUAGGAUCUUCAAUGAUCCGAUUGGCUGAUCCACCAGGACCACCGUCCACCAUAAGACACUCCACUCUGAGCAGCUCAGCUGGUGAAGUUAGUGUAUCUGUACAGUGGAACCCUCCUACUGAGACUGGUGGUAGAGAUGACCUCACCUACACGGUGACCAUCUCACCUCCGGCCCAGCUCUCUGCUACUGUCCUCACAUCCACCUCUGUCACUGUGACUGCUCAAUACAAUGUGGACUACACUGUCAGCGUUGUGGCUACCAACUGUGCUGGGAGCAGUACAACAGCUGAGUACAACUUUACGAUUGGAAACUGUCCUAUGUUGACCAACCCCAUGAACGGAGCCUUUGUACCAGUCUCCAGCAGAUUACCAGGAUCCACGGUAACCAUCCAGUGUGAUGUUGGGUAUGUGUCUGCUGUUACAAUGGUGACAUGUGAGAGUACACUGAUGUGGAGUCCAGACCCUGAGGCUAUUGAGUGUAUAUCACUAGCCACACCUACUCCCACAACUUCCCCUCCAAUAAACUGCAUGGCUCCACUAUCCCCACCACUUGAACCACCUACAGUUGCUCCUUGUAAUUGUAAUUGCGCCAGCCUAUCUGAUGGGAGUCAAUUUGAUGCAGCUGUCUCCACCAGUGUGGUUGUCACGGCAAUUCUAUUCACGAUAAUAGGAUUAUUUGUGGGACUCUUGAUAAUGUAUUUGUUCAUGCAUAAGAAGAAUGUGUACUCCCCGUCAGCUAAAGAGCAAGCUAACGUAGGACCCACUGCACCAGCUGGUCCUGUUUAUGAAGAGGUAUCACCCAAAGAGGAGAUUGAACUGAACACUAACCAGGCGUAUGGACCAGUAGGACUGUGAAACUUAUGGUAAUUUCCAUCUUCAGUCAAUGUACAUGUACAAUUAAUAUAGCACUGCAUCCGUUCAUUAUCAACAAUUUUAAGAACAACAUAAACAAUAACGUUGUUCAUUAAAAAGCCACUACACAUGUUUUGUAUGAAGUUAUAUAACUAGAGCACUAAAGUGCAAACCCUCGGCUGGUGACAUGAUUUAUAAAGAAACCAAAUAAAAAGUAUG